AUGAUUGAGGAAUCCUCUACAUUUUUCAAAGAAAGUCCUUCUGAAUCUUCAACAACUAUUUUAAAAUUAUAGUCCACAGGAUUAAAUCUAGAUUCUUAGCUAACAUAAAUAGAGUUGCAUGAUGAGGAUAACUUUCAGCACCUGGCUCUCAGUUAUCAAAAUAAUUAAUUGAGUUUCCAAAUGCUUUCUAUUUAUUAGCUCCAAAAUGACUCCUAAAAAUACUUACGCGCUGAACAAAUACAAUUAAGUAAAGAUGUCCAAGCAAGUUUGUCAAUGAAGCUUCAAAACGUAUAAGUAAAACAACUUAAAAUGACCAAAUAAGAAGUGAAUAAAUAUAAUUCAGAUGAUAUUUUUGAUGAGGAAUGCUAAGAACCGGAAUCUCCAAAAUUUGCUACAUCCACUCCUCAAAUUAGCUAUAAAUAAACAUAUAUUGCAGUAGUUAUGUUAGAUAUUGAGAUUAUUGUUUUAAAAUUUGAAAUUCUAACAAAAAAAGAAAAAAGUAAAUUUUACCAUUCUCUUGAGCAGAUUUGUAUAAAAAACAUACAAUUUGAAGGGCAUGUGAGUGAAUUAUUUUUAAACAAACAAAAAGAAAGCAUGGUUAUUAGAAUUAAUCACGAACAAUAGACAAAAAUUCAUCUAAUAGAUAAGUUUAUGGGUUAGCAUAUCAUAAGAGAUAUAGCUGUUUAUUAUAAUGACUUUGAUAUUGUUAUUGGAAAAAUUGGUGUCAGCUCUGAGCUUGCAGUAAUUAGAGUCAUCACAAAAAACUAAAAAGAUUUAAAAAAAUUCUUUAUAAAUACUCUGUUUGUGAGUCAGAUUGGAAUAAGUGGCAUUCAAAAUAACUAAGAAAAUAUGACAUUAAAAGUACAAACCAAUAAAAAACCCCUCACAAGCUUGUUGAAUGAAAUCAACUACACAACUUGCCAAACAUUGUUUUCCUAAACUUCAAGCUAUUUAGUUAUCUCUGAUGGGCAAAACAUCGAAGUUUAGGAUUUUAACAAUAUAUCUUAAAAAAAUGUCAUAAAAGAAUUCAUACCAAAGGCUAAUACAGGCUGCUAAUAAUAAAGCAAAGUUCAAAAAAUAAUGUAAAACCUUGAAAAAUCUACACUUUUAAUAGCUAACUCUUCUGUGAAUCAGUUUGUUUCCCUAUAUAAUUUUGAUAAUCCUAUCUCAAUAUUGGAUUAGAUUAAUUUUUCUAAUAAUGAGCAAGUUGCAAUCAAAUCUGUAAUAGUGUCAAGCGUCCCUUAUCAAGGUUUUACCCCUCAAUCUGCAAGUAAUUUGAUGGAAUCCUUUUCACAUAUUAAGGCUUCGAUAUACUCUAAUCAAAUUCUCGCUUUAGCUUUCUUAGAAGAUAACUCAAUAGUUCCUUUUACUAUUGAUAAAGAAAUCCUUGAUAUGAAAGUCCCAGAACUCAAAUUUGUCAGUAGCUAAAUUACGAAUAUGUAUAACUAUGAAGACUCAUAGCACUUUUUUAAUGACUUCGAAUCAGGAUUCUCCAAAUAAAUCAAAGCUAACUUUGAUGUCUUCAAAACACCAGAUAGAAAAGCUUCUUUCACUUUCUUAAAUUCUUCACUUGAAAAUAAUAAAUUUCACUUUUCAAGCAGCGUAUUGCCAUAAAACUCAAGCAGCUAACCUAACAACGCUAACUACAGCAGCUAAACAAAUUAAAACUUAACAUUUUAAUCUCACUAAAGAUAAGGUAAGAGCUUGAACUUUGAUCACCCAGGAACUAACAGAGAAAGAGAAAGAAGUGUUAGUCAAGAAAGUAAUUCAAGCAGAAACUUUUCAGCCUACAAGCCAUCAAUAAAUGGCUCUAAUCUAAAUAAUAAAAAGACUUUGUUUAACGAAAACAGCAAUACUCUAUUUGCGGAUGAUUGCUCUUAUCAAAUUCAAAAGGCUAAUAAAAAAGAAAAAGACAUUCAAAUUAACCCUAUUCUACAAGAUAAAAUAUCACCUACUCAACAAAAAAUAAAUGAAACAUAAAAUUCAUCUGAAAGCGAAGAAUCUGAGCUAGUUUAUUCAAGACCAAAGUCAUUCAAACUCGACACCUACGAAGGCUCUCCGCUCUUAACUAAAUAAAAAAUGUCUAAUCGCUCAGUCCCAGGAAAUUCAAAUAGAUUUAAAGAUUUCAGUAGAAUAGCUAUGAAAAAAUAAAUAAAUGCUUCUGAUAACAUUCCCUUGCCAAUCUUCAACAAAACUGAAAUAAGCUAAGAUGACAUUAUAGAACCUAAUAGCUUCUCCUAGAGAAGAAAAUAAAAUAACUUUUUUGAAUGUCAUUCUUCAACUCAUGAAGACAUUGAAAAUACAUAUAACAGCAAGCAAACCACUCAAUCAUCAAACGAAAUUUCCCUUGUAUCUUACAGAAGAAACUCAAAUUAGCAAACUUUUAACUUAAUUAACAGCUAAAAUGAAAUAAAAGAUUACGAAAAUGAAGACAUAUCUAAUAUCCAAUCUUAAGAGUUGAAUUAUAAUAAUUAGUAAGAGCAUGAACAACUUACAAUUAGUUCUAAGAAAAUUAACAUUUAAAGAGAAAACAACAUUUUUGAUAAAAACUUGAGCACUACCACUACAAUUUCCAAAAUAUCUAAGGCAAAUAACAGUAGUGAAAGUAAGAACAAGAACAACUCUUCCUCGAAAAAGAAAAACAUAACUCCUUUUUUAACAACUUCACCUUCUCCUUAAUCACCUUUAUUAGGUGGCAUAUACAAUUCUUCCUAGUUAAAGAAUCCUUCUAUCAAUUAAAAACUACCCUAUAAUAAUUUUUCAUCAUUUUCCUAUCCCAAAAAAACUCAUCCAUUCAUGAACUAAAGUAUCAAAUCUAUAGACUUCGAUGCAUAGAAUACUUAGCAGCUCUCUAAUGAAAAGCAAUAAAACGCUUUUAAAAAUCAUACACUCUAAUACGAAGGUAAAAAUAAGUCAUUUUUGGAUGAAUCUACUCUAUGUUUAUAAUAACCUAUUUUCAAUAGUAGUUAUUUCUUUAAUAACACUUAAAACAAUAACAAUAACAACAACAAUUUCAGCUUUAUAUCUAAUCCCAAAAAGAAAUUUUAACCUCUUCAAUAGCAACAAUAACAAAUGAGUUAAUAAAAUUCCUAAUAGCUCCUAGGUAAACGCAAAUCUUAGUAAUAAUUAUUAACUAGCUUUAGUGGGAAUUUAUCUUAACUAGAAACAAGAAAAAUGGUUAAAAAGCAAUAAGAUUGA